AUUGUGGCCGGGCGCUACUUAUCCGCGCAAGAACCAGAAAUGAGCAGAAAAAUGCAAAAGCGACCAUCAGCACAAGUACGGCUUCCUCCACGUGGCACUCCGUCAUAAUCUCAAUUCACUUCCACUAACGUCUCGCAUUCCCCAUUUUCGUUUCUUCCUAUUAUUCUUUCUAAUAUCAUUCCUGUGCGAGGCAAUCAAAGGGGAAUUAAUUCCUUCCCCAACAUGAAUUGUUAAAUACCAUAUUGUAUCCAAAUUCCAGGAUACGAAUAAUCGGUUUCCAAGACAUGUUAAUUAGGCAAAAGUGGUAAAUGCCGGUGAAGCUGCAUUUCCAACUCCUAAUUGCGUUUCCUCAGACGCUAACUUUGCAGUGGCAGCAUCUGAUUCCCUCCCAUUUGCACCUCGUUCAUCCUCCACCAUGUCUACGCCUAUUUAAUCGCUGCACGAUGCGAAUUCCCAAGAGGCCCCUCUUGUUUUCUCUCUCUAACUUCUCUCCUCAGUUCUCACCUCUUUUCUCUCCUCGCCUUCUCUUUGCUUCUGGAAUCUGUUCCAAGCGUUCUCGCUCCCUCGCCAACGCCACGUCACCAGGAGCUAAUCAGUUGCAUGCUCAAUAUUCAAUGGAUGAGAAUCAUGAACUUGGCGUACAUGACUUAAGAUCGGUGGAUUUGCCCAGAAGUGAUGGCGGCAGACAGCCAUGUGUAUGGUCACUAGCUCCUGAACAUGGAUAUAAAACUGAAAUAAGCAAGCAGAUAUUUUGUAACCGGUCACUGAAUAUGAAGAACAUUGUUGCUGUGGGAUUUGACAUGGAUUAUACUCUUGCACAAUACAAGCCUGAAACUUUUGAAUCUCUUGCUUACCAAGGCACGAUUAAAAAGCUGGUUUAUGACUUGGGAUACCCUCGUGAGUUACUAAAUUGGUCUUUUAACUCGAAGUACAUGGUCAGGGGCUUGGUUCUCGACAAAAAGAGAGGCAACAUAUUAAAGAUGGAUCGCCACAAGUACGUGAAAGUAGCCUAUCAUGGAUUCAAAGAGUUAUCAAAAGAAGAUAAAGUUGGGACUUACGGAAAUACUUUAGUACGUGAUUCUUUUGAUGAACCAGACUAUGCUCUCAUUGAUACACUCUUUUCACUCGCGGAAGCCUACUUGUUUGCUCAACUGGUUGAUUUCAAAGAUUGCAACCCUGGAAGAAUUCAAGAGGGUGUUGAUUAUGCUCGCAUGUACAAAGAUGUUCGAGCUGCAGUUGAUUUGUGUCACCGUGAUGGAACGUUGAAGCAGAUGGUUGCUAGCGAUCCAAAAAGAUAUAUUAAUGAAGACAAGUCAAUAGUGCCCAUGCUUGAAAUGCUCCGAGAAUCUGGACGUGCAACAUUUUUAGUGACAAAUAGUUUAUGGGACUAUACAAACAUUGUCAUGAAUUUCCUCUGUGGAUCCAGUAUGGCAGAUAGCAGUAACAAUUUUGGCUGGCUUCAAUACUUUGAUGUUGUUAUCACUGGCAGUGCAAAGCCAGGAUUUUUUCAUGAGGAAAAUCGUGCCAACCUAUUUCAGGUUGUGCCUGUGACUGGAAUGCUACUAAAUACAGAUAAUGGCUCUCCAAUGCCCCAGGUGGGUAAUAUCUCCGCAAGGUUAUUCAUCGAAGUGAAGAAUCAUGCUUGUCCAGUUUUCCAGGGAGGCAAUGUUGCUCAUCUGCAUAAACUGCUGUCCAUUGAAUCAAGUUCACAGGUUCUAUAUGUUGGGGAUCACAUCUAUGGAGAUAUACUACGCAGCAAAAAGGUUCUUGGAUGGAGAACAAUGCUUGUAGUCCCAGAGCUUGAGAAGGAGGUUAAACUCCUCUGGGAAUCAAGGGAUACCCGCAAGGAACUUCAAUUCUUGAGGAGUGAGCGUGAUCGUAUUGAGGAUGAAAUACAUCAUCUGAAGUGGUCUCUAAAAUUCAAGAAUCCAAAUGCUGAUGCCAAGCAGAAGUUAUCUUCAGAACUUGAUAAAUUGGAGCUUGAAAGAGAGAGAGUGCGAUUAAAUCAUCAAGAGGCUCAGAGAAAAUUGCACCAAAGGUUUCACGAGCCAUGGGGACAGCUUAUGAAAACGGGUUAUCAGAAUUCUCGCUUUGCUCAUCAGGUUGAGAGAUUUGCUUGCCUUUAUACUAGCCAAGUAUCCAACCUGGGCUUGUACUCUCCGGACAAGUAUUACAGACCCACCGAAGAUUUUAUGCAGCAUGAAUUUGGCAUUCUGGCUUGUGAGACGCCAAAAAUCUGAGUUGUGGAAUUUGGGGCAACAUUCAUUUGAAUUUUGUAUAGCUGAAUUCUAAUUUGCCCCUUGUUCCGUGUUCUGGGUCUCAUCUUCCUGGUCUGUUACGUUGGACUUAAGCUCAUUAGAUUAAUUAGAAGUGCCAUAUGAUUUUGACCCAAAAAACAAAAAGUUUUAUGAGGGCAAAAAAAGAGACUAGAUUUUAGCGCUGUAUAGUUUCUUCGAGCAUUUUCAGAAUGUAAGUAGUGCUAUGCUACUACGUUGUAGCAAUUACAGAUUUGUUUCUUCGCACAUUUUAAUACAAGUUGAUAAAAGUAUCAGAUUAAGAG